AUGGCCAUUUGUCGGGCGGAAAGGCUGUUUCAAAUGUUUCCCAUAUCGAAGGAAUUUGAACCAAGAUACCUGGUCAAUGAAUUUAACCAGUGGACAGAUCACAAGGAAAAAAAUAUAUACUGUGAAGCUAAAAAGGAAGCCCAGGCAUGGUAUAGUUUAUUUAAAGAAAAACUCAACGAGUCAGGCGACGACGGGGAGAUUUGCGGUGACGAAGAGCCUUUUUCGGGCUUGGACGAGCAGUUUUCGGGCGAGGAUGCGCAGUUUUCGAACCAACUUUCUGUCGACGAAGGCGACCUGCUUUUGAACCACAAUAGGCAGCCUUUAAAGACGGAUAAGCAUUUUUCGGUCAAUUUCUCAAGUCAGUAUAAUGAAUAUAUAUUGUAA